UUCCCAUCCAGACACAAACACAGACUUGCUUCUGGUUCCGCCACGCCCUAGACUUUGACCCUUAGAUCACGCUGACUGUGCCAUUGGAGCUAAUUAAAGCGACAUGGGUCGGCCAAAGAGGAAUAUCUUUGCGGCUGCAGAAGAAACUUCUACCCCGCCAUCCGCAUUAACGGCUACGCAAUCGCUUGCCCGUGUUAUCAAAGCUGAAGGCAAUAGCUUAUAUUCCUGCUCAUUACCAAAUCAGAAGAUCAUUCUCGUCGAGCUUCCGUCUCGAUUUCGAAAUACGAUCUGGAUCAAGCGUGGAGGCUACGUACUGGUUGACACCAAGGAGGCCGAGGUUAGGCAAAACAAAAUCGAUGGCGAGAUCUUGAAUGUCGUUCGUGACGAACACCUGUGGAGAAAAGAGCUUUAUUGGCCGAAAGAGUUCUUGAAGACCUCCGUGUAUCCUGAAGACUCGGACGAUGAGGAGUCAACCAUCGGGAAGAUGCCUCCCUCUGAUUCGGAAGACGAAUAACAAACAUGUCCAG